AUGGAAGACAGGAUAGGGGGUAAUCCAGUUACAUGGGCAGAAGUAGCAGACUUUAACAAUUGCAUGAGAGAAUGUGGAUUCUUAGAACUACCUUACCAUCACAGUAAAUAUACUUGGAAUGAUAGACAUUGUGGGCUAAGAAUAUAUUCUAAAAUAGACUGGACUUUCAAUAAUGGGGAAUGGUUAGACCUUAUGCCAUCAUGUAAAGCCAAGCUCCUACCUGAGGGUAUAAGUGACCACUGUCCUAUAAAGAUAACUCUAUCAGAUGAUGCUCCUAGGGUCAAAAGAUCAUUCAAGUACUACAAUGCUUGGGCACAACACUCUCAGUUUAAUCAGAUUGUAGCAGAUUUAUGGAGAACACCUAUAGAAGGAUGCAAAAUGUUUCAGAUUGUUAAAAAGCUGAAACUACUGAAAAGGAAGCUUAGUGAACUUAACAGUCAAUACUUCUGCAAUAUUGAACAAACAGCUAAAGUUGAUAGACAAGCCUUAAAGCAGAUGCAUGAGAUGUUGCAGACUGGUCCUAGUAACCCUGACCUUCAACAGGAAGAACAUGAGAAAUAUCAGAAGUUUAGAGAAUCAUCAUACCUUGGUGAAAUGUUACUACAGCAGAAAAGUAAAGCUACAUGGUUAAGGUUAGGAGAUGACAACACAGGGUACUUUUAUUCAAUAAUAAGACACAAAAGACUCAAGUUAGCUACUAUUCAAUUGAAAGAUGACAAAGGGGGUAUGUCAGACAGAACCUGGAGUAAUUGUAGAUCUGUUCCUGAACUACUAUCAAGAGUUGCUUGGCCUAUUGAGGAAAGGGAAGUCAAGAAGGCAUUAUUCCAAAUUGAUAACAAUAAAAGUCCAGGCCCUGAUGGGUAUAGCAGUGGGUUCUUUAAAGCUUCAUGGCACAUUCUAGGCAGUGAUAUUACUGAGGCUAUUCUGGAUUUCUUCAGGAAUGGAAGAUUGUUAAAGCAGAUUUUCCACCAACAUUGCUCUAAUUCCUAA